AUGUACCGACAGUUGUUGCCGGUUGCAGUUGUGAUGCUGUUGCAUUGCCGCUCCGCGGCGGGCAGCUUUCAGUUCGCUUCCCUCACCGACCUGAGCUCAGAGCAAGCUGCAAUGCCGAUGAUCGACGACCGAGCUAGUCAGAUCAUGGAGGGAGACUGCGAGGCCAGCUGUCAUGUCGCCGGGAAGCUAAAGCGAUUUUGGGCUGUGCCGGCCAAGCUUGCCAGUUCUGUCGCCAGGUCGAUUGGAAAGCAAAUUGUAACCUCCAUGUCUGUCGAAGACAAAGCCACCUUCUCGUACCGCUGCGGGGCCUACGAUGAAGUUUGCCCGGAAAGCUGGAUUCUAGGCAAGGGCGAUCAGCUGCAGAGCCGGCUACAGGCUGUGGUGAAUUUGCUUGCAAUGGAUGCGGCAGGCUGGACAGCUGAAGACAAGGCGGCAUUUGAGUCUGAGUACGUGUGGAGUCAGCUGGCGUGCCCUCGGUCAGCCGUGUCAACGCGACUACACGGCUGGGCUCCGGCAGAGUAUGUACUCUGCAACAAGCGUCAAACCUUCGCGGGGCUGUCGCCAGACGAGAAGAGGGCAUUUGAAGACACAUGCGGGGUUCGCUUUCCCUGCCGGUCCGUGCACGAUUGUGAACGGUCAUAUGAGACACCAUGUCCUCGGGGCUGGUACUCCCUCGACGGUGGCUUAACAUGUGUGGCGCCGCUGGCGUAUUCUGGGAAUUGCAGCCGGCUGCUAGACAAUGCUCAAGCUCUCAGCAAGCAAGCCAAGGUAAGACUGGAAGCUGUGUGCGAUGUGGUGUACCCAUGCAGGGAAGACGUGCUGCUGUCACACGCAUCCUCCCCAGAUACAAAGUCCAGUCCAACACCUCGUGCGCAGUUGUCCCUUUGGUUUCUGCGGAAUGGAGCCAUUCCGUCAAUGUAA